AUGUCGCUAGAUAAUUCUCAGUACUCAAUGGGGCCUGCCGAGGAGCUGCCUCUCACCGAGAAGUGUCACCACUAUCAAGGAAAGCAUGAAGUGCCGUGGGAUAAUCAAAAAUAUUUUGCGCAACGUUAUUCAAUCUUCUCACUCUACGAUUAUGGAGUUUACAUGACCGACGAUGCUUGGUUCGGUGUAACACCAGAGCCGGUAGCAAACCAAGUUGCUCACGAUAUGUAUGGCACUGAUGAGAAGAAGCACAUCCUCAUCGACGUCUUUGGCGGCGCAGGCGGCAACACUAUCGCAUUCACCCUUUCAGAACGCUGGAGUCGCGUCAUCUCCAUCGAGCGCGAUCCUUCCACGCUGGCUUGUGCUCAGAAUAACGCCAAGGUGUAUGGUGCUGACUCCGGAGUGAUCACGUGGGUUCUUGGGGAUAGUUUUGUGUAUCUGGACAAGUUGUUCAACCGUCCAGAAGAGCUACACCCAGAUCUCAGAGUGAACCUUGAUGAAACAGUCUUGUUUGCGAGUCCGCCAUGGGGAGGUCCUGGGUACCGCACUGACGAGGUGUUCAAUUUGUAUAAUAUGCAACCAUACAAUCUCGAUGAUUUGCAUAAUGCGUACAACAGGCUAGACCAUGCCCUAUUCCUACCGCGUACGAGCGACAUUCGACAAAUUGCAAGACUGGCGCCUGCUGGCAGGAAAGUUGAGGUUGUGCAGUACUGCAUGGAGGGAGCUAGCAAGGCUCUUGUUGCUUACCUCCCAGGGAAAUACUCAAAGCCACGGGAGUGA